UAUAUAUACACAGCUCGGGGAGGCGGCAAUAUAAUACACUGUAAAAAAAUGUCGGUUCUACUGGAUACUGAAUUUUUAGCUGGGCCUGGAAAUGUUCCAGCAGAUCAGCUACAGACAGAGGAGCCAUAGGACUCAGCUACGGGUGCUCUUAUACUGCAGCUGCCUGGGAACAGCGACUCUGCUCUGUAUCUGUAAUGGAUCUGAGUUAUGGAAGGUGAUAAGUUAAGCCCAGGAAUAACCUCUUUUAUGCAAAACUAGCCAAAAAGCAAGGACACCAAGGAAAAUGUCGGAGAUGAGCAACGUGAGAGUGGCUGUUAGGGUUCGGCCAAUGAACCAAAGAGAGAAGGAGAAACACCCAGUUGGUGUUAUUUCUAUGAGUGGAAAUAAGACAAUUCUGCAGAGCAAUGCUACUGUCAGUCCAGGUAAAGUACAAAAAGGACCUAAAGAAUUCGCCUUUGAUCAUUGCUUCUGGUCGGCAGAUGAUUCAGACCCUGAUACUUAUGCAGGGCAGGAAGAAGUGUUUAAAACACUUGGGGAAGGAACUAUAGAGAAUAUUUACCAAGGAUACAAUGUUUGCAUUUUUGCCUAUGGACAAACAGGUUCAGGAAAAACAUACUCCAUGAUGGGAACUGAUGAUGAACCAGGUUUGAUCCCAAGAUUCUGCCGUGCCUUACUGAACAGAAAAUCUGAAGGCACCGUAAGAGUUGAACUUUCUUAUAUGGAAAUAUACAAUGAAAAGGUGAGGGAUCUAUUAAAGCUGAAAAAGAGCAAAAAAGAACUCAGUGUUCGGGAACAUAAUAUUCUUGGACCAUAUGUAGAGGGAUUGUCCCAGCAUGCUGUUAGCACAUGGGAGGAUAUCAAACUACUGCUUUUAGCUGGAAAUACAUGCAGGACCACAGCUGCAACUAAAAUGAAUGAAGAAAGUAGCCGUUCACAUGCCAUCUUUACCCUCACUAUAACUCAGAUGUUUCACAACCAAGCGUCUGGCACCUCAAAAGAACUUCAUAGCAAAUUCAAUCUGGUGGAUCUCGCUGGUAGUGAGAGGGCAUCUAAAACAGGGGCUCAAGGGAAACAACUGGUAGAAAGUGGCAACAUUAAUAAAUCUCUUACAUCCUUAGGCAGGAUUAUAUCAUCUUUGGCUGAAUGUAAGGGCAGAAGAUUGAGUUAUGUGAGCUAUAGAGACUCUGUGCUCACGUGGCUUCUGAAAAACAGCCUGGGAGGAAACAGCAAAACAGUCAUGUUGGCCACCAUUAGUCCUGCUGAAGAUAAUUAUGGGGAGACCCAUUCUACUUUGGUAUAUGCAGAAAGAGCAAGAAAAAUAGUCAAUCAAGCUACGGUGAAUGAGGAUACCAAGUGUAAAGCUGUUGCUACAUUACAGGAAGAGGUGCAAAAGUUAAAAGAUCAACUCAAGCAUGCUAAAAGUCAGCAAUCUCCGGAGCUACAAUCAAAACUAAAAGAAUCAGAGAAUCUUCUAAAACAACUCAACUUAAGCUGGGAAGAAAAGCUGAAGAAAACAGAAGAAAAUGCCAGAGAGAUGCAAAAGUAUUUGGAAAGCAUGGGCAUUUCAGUAGAUGCUUCUGGUAUAAAGUGUGCCAAAGAGCAAUGUUGUCUUGUUAACUUAAAUCCUGACCCAGAAUCCAAUGAUUACCUAUUAUAUUAUUUAACGGAACAUAAUAAAAUAGGUGCAGGUUCUUCACAAGAUUUCCAGUUAACUGGACCUGGAAUAGAGGAAGAGCACUGUGUGAUUACCAUGACUCCUGAUGGAGAUGUGUUUCUUGUUCCAAACACCAGAGCUGAGACAAAAGUAAAUGGCGCUCUGGUUCAGGAGAGGAUUCAGUUAUAUCAUGAGGAUAAGAUUAACUUAGGACUUAAUUACUCGUUUAUUCUAAACCAGAGCAAAAAAAGGCAGCCUGACCCCCCAAGUAAAAAUAAGCAUGAAGUAGAAAAGAAUGAAAUGUCUUCUGAUCAUGAAAGUAUUAAUGAAAGUAACCCCAAGCAUGAGUCCGGCAUACAGGAGCAACAUCCAUAUUACCAGCUAAGUGGAAGUCAAGAUGAUGACAAUGAACUUACAAAGACUUCCCACAUAAAUCCAAAAAAAGAGGAAAUUUCUACAGAAUCACGGUCACAUGAUUCUCAUUCGACAUCGUCCAUUGAAAAGGUUCUUGCUUUACUUCAAAAAUCACAAGAGUCAUUAACAGAACUUCAGCAGAACUUUACAAACUUGGUGGAGAAGCUAGAGUCGAAACAGCUUAUAACCCAGCAGGAUUGUGCUAGUCUUGAAAACAAUGAAGACAUGGUUUUGAAAUAUGAAAUUUUACUCAACAUAAUCGCUGGGAAAGGAGAGAAUGCCUGCACCGAAUUUCUGGAUCUGCUUGGAAAAGAUAAAGUUGAUAUGAACAAGGAUAAUGAUGAUGACAGAAAAGAACAAAAUACAGAAACAGAAACUGCCAAAGAUCAAUCACAGCCAAAUAACGACAAGAAUGAAGUUGCUGAAAAAGAAGAAACCACAGAAGCAUUAAAUGAAAACUCAGAUGUUGCAAAGACAGAGAACAGCGCUGACUGGGAAGAAGAAAACGCUGGGCCUUCCAAAAAUCAUUCAGAUAAUGAUACAAAGAAAAAUAGUGAAGAUGAAUGCACAGAAGAAAACACAGAAACUUCUAAACAUAUGUUGAGUUAUCUAAGCUCAGCACAGGCACUUGACCAUACAAGAAAACCUUAUAUAGAGACUUAUUGA